CUAUUUGUGCACUCAAAUAGGAGUGUGUAUAUAUAUAUAGGGAGAGAGAGAGAGGGAAAAGCAAGCUAACAUCACAUCCCAACGGUGUACGUAUCGAAGGUAGCAUCGAUCGUCGUACUUGUCGCAAAUUGCAAUGCCUGUUUCCGUUGCUGUUUGCAGAUAGUUUUGGCUCGUGGAAAUAGGCGUACGGUAUCAUAGUUUAUUAUUUUAUCCUUUGUAUAUUCAACUUUCUGCAAAGGGUUUGUGAAAGCUGUAUAUAGCCAUGGACGGAGGCGCACAGUCACAGUGCAGCUCUCGAACUGUUGAGGAGGUUUUCCGAGAUUUCAAGGGUCGCCGAGGGGCCAUCGUCAAAGCUCUCACCACCGAUAAUGAAGAUUUUUUUCAGCAGUGCGACCCAGAGAAGGAAAAUCUUUGUUUGUAUGGACUCCCAAAUGAGCAGUGGGAAGUUAAUUUACCUGCCGAAGAGGUUCCUCCAGAGAUUCCAGAGCCUGCUUUAGGUAUUAAUUUUGCCAGAGAUGGGAUGCAAGAAAAGGACUGGUUGGCUCUUGUUGCUGUCCAUAGUGAUGCAUGGUUACUUUCUGUGGCCUUCUAUUUUGGUGCCAGAUUUGGUUUCGAUAAAGCUGACAGGAAGCGUCUCUUCAAUAUGAUAAAUGAUCUGCCAACUUUGUUUGAGGUUGUGACUGGAACUGCAAAGAAACAAAUAAAGGAUAAGUCAGAAGCACCAAACCAUAGCAGCAACUCGUCCAAGUUGAACUCGAAAGGGCGAGGUUCUGAAUUCCAGGCAAAAUAUUCUUUGGGGCUGCAGGCAAAGGAUGAGGAAGGAGGAUUGGAUGAGGAAGAUGACGAGGAGCACGGUGAUACCUUGUGUGGGGCUUGUGGGGAGAAUUAUGCUUCAGAUGAGUUUUGGAUCUGCUGUGACAUAUGCGAGAGGUGGUUCCAUGGCAAGUGCGUUAAGAUCACUCCUGCCAGGGCUGAGCACAUCAAGCACUACAAGUGCCCAUCAUGUAGCAACAAGAGGGCUCGGCCUUGAUAUCCCUUUAAGAUUAGUAUAUUUUCAGUCCUUGUAUCUCUCUAGACUCAACUAACUGUCUAGUUGUCAGGUUUCCUCACUGCCAGUUCUCCAAGGCAUUUCUGUUGGGUACGUUGGUCUUGUUAAUCUUGUCCAUUCUGAUCUAUCGCUGCUUUGCAAACCCUGAACAUGUCUUAUGUCUUCUAUUUGAUUCUAAAUUAAGAUAUACAGUUUUUAUUCUUGUAGGAAA